AUGGCGAUGGCUGCAAGGAUCGUCGCCGUCAUCUGCAUGCUAUCUCUCUUUACUACCCCUGCAUUUUCUUUUGGCUUACCUGGCUUUCUUUUCGGAGGUUUCCCUGACCACAAUGCCGAAACCGGUGAAACCAUCGCCGGAAUGCAGGUAGGAUUCUAUGGCCACACUUGCCCUACGGCUGAGCAAAUCGUGAAGAACCAUAUGGUCCAGGCUUUCCACGACGACCCCGGCGUGGCCGCCGCCAUCGUCCGCCUCCAAAGCCACGACUGUCUCGUCACAGGAUGUGAUGGAUCAGUGUUGCUGGACGCGACACCGGAAGGGGGCCGCGUGGAGAAGCAAGCGCCGGUGAACGGAAAAACCGUGCGAGGGUUCGACCUCAUAGACCGGAUCAAGGAAGAGCUAGAGCAGACCUGCCCAGGAGUGGUAUCCUGCGCCGACAUCCUAACAUUCUUGGCACGGGACGCGCUAGUAUUAUCCGGCGUGCCAGAGUUCUCCGUUCCGGGCGGGCGGCGCGACGGGAACGUCUCCCGCGAAUCCGAAGCCCGAAAACACCUCGCCUCGCCGGACAACACGGUCGACCAGAUGACCGAGCUGUUCAAGGCGAAAGGACUAGACGUGGAAGACCUGGUGGCGCUAUUGGGCGCGCAUUCCAUCGGGGUUUCUCACUGCUCCAAUUUCCGGUACCGGCUGAAAACUCCUGCGAGAGCCAAGGAGAUCGACGGGUCGCUCAAGGUGGUGAUGGCAACCCAUUGCGUGAAUGCGAAAAGCGCAGUCCCGAUGGACAGCACCACUCAGUACAAAAUGGAUUCCGAGUUCUACAAGCAACUCUUGCAGAAGAAAGGGGUGCUGGAAUCCGACCAGCGCCUUGCCGCCGAUCCAAGAACGCUGCCGCUUGUGCAGAAGUUCGCCGGUGACGAGGCGGCGUGGCUCGGCAAGUUCACGGAGUCGGUGAUCAAGAUGGGGAAGAUUCAAGUGCUGACUGGAAAUGAGGGGGAGAUAAGGAGGAAAUGUCGAUUUGUUAACUAAAUUUGCCGUGGCAUUUCCUUCUUGUUGUCUUAAUAUUAUUUUUUUAGGGGCAGUUUGGGUGUUUCACACCUAUUCAAUUUAUGAAAAACCAAAUUAUUUUUAAAAA